UGUUCAAAGCGAACAGUAGAAGAAGUGGGCCAGGCGUAUGUUGUCUCCCACGAGCCAAAAACUUCGUUGUUAAGCGUGUAUAAUCUUGUCGUUAUCCCAUCGACUGCCGUUACCUGGAGUCUUAAGUGGUAAUUUGUCAGUCUGUACGUUGGUGCUGAGGAUAGCUGAGAGUUUGGAGAGAAGUGUCAUUUCACAUCGGUGAAGUGUUACCACAAGCAGACGGAAAGAUGCAGAUCACGCUAAAGACGCUGCAACAACAAACUUUCCAAAUUGAAAUCAAUGAAGACCUAACAGUGAAGGUUCUGAAGGAGCGAAUCGAGGCGGAGAAAGGCAAGGAUAACUUUCCCGUCACGGGACUGAAGCUCAUUUAUGCAGGCAAGAUCUUGCAAGAUGACACCCCCAUCAAAGAGUAUAAGAUCGACGAGAAGAACUUUGUGGUGGUGAUGGUGUCUAAGGCCAAACCUCCUCCUGCUCCCUCAUCUCCCCCUGAACCCCCCAAGAGUGAGGCGUCUGCGUCAGCAUCAGCAGGGGCGGCAGCCACUGCAGCAGCGGCAGCGGGUCCCACGGCAACGGGUCCCACGGCAACGCCACCCCCUUCACGCCCCGUCCACGCCACCAUCCCCAUCCCCGAUGAGGACCGGCCCGCCACCCAACCGCCGCCACAGACGACGCCGACGCCAACGACGCCAGUCUCUCAGGGCAGGCCGGCUCCAUCGACAGAAGGUUUUGGUCAUCUGGCAUUAUCAGCUCUGGUGACGGGCCCGGCGUACGAGGCGAUGGUGACUGAGAUCAUGUCGAUGGGUUAUGAGCGGGAUCGUGUGGAGGCGGCCCUGAGAGCCAGCUUCAACAACCCUGACCGCGCUGUGGAGUACCUCCUCACUGGAAUCCCAACGACCGUCCCAGUGCAAGAGACGAGCCCACCCACAGCAAACCUGUCCUCAGAGACACACUCGUCAGAAGGUGAGAACCCUCUGGAGUUCCUGCGUUCUCAGGCCCAGUUCCAGAGCAUGCGGCAGGUGAUCCAACAGAAUCCCUCUCUGCUGCCCGCCCUCCUCCAGCAGCUGGGGCAGGACAACCCAGCGCUACUGCAGCAAAUCAGCCAGCACCAGGAGCAGUUCAUCCAGAUGCUGAACGAGCCGCAGGGUGAGGGGGGGGACCUGGGGGAGGGGCUGGACACGGCCGACCCCUCGGAGCCCGGCGACCUGGGCGCCAUGGUGGACGACCUCGCCUCCAGCAACUACAUCCAGGUCACGGCCCAGGAGAAGGAGGCCAUUGAGAGGUUAAAAGCGUUGGGCUUCCCUGAGGCACUGGUGGUCCAGGCCUACUUUGCCUGUGAGAAGAACGAGAACCUCGCUGCCAACUUCCUCCUCAACCAGAACUUUGACGACGACUGAGCCAAUGAGACAACACACGUUUGUGUGUAUGUGUGUGUGUGUGAGAGAGAGAGAGAGAGAACGAGUGAGUGUCCUUGUCCGUUUACCCUCCAACAAACAGCUUAACGUGGACUUAUGUAUAUACACACAGACACACACACACACACACACACACACACACACUUAUGCAUGCACACAUAUACACAUAUAUAUACACACACAUAGAAAAACAUAUGAAGUCAAGCACACUAAACACACACACACACACACUCUCUCUCUGACUGACGUACACACUUCUGGACACUACUAAGUGGAGUACAGGUGUAUUGAAAUGUGUUGGAGGCGUAAAAGAUAGAUCCUAAAAAAAACUCAAACAUU